GUUACAUAGAAACACUGCCCAUCAAAUAACAGUUCUCCUAUUGUCACUACUACUACUACUGCUCUGCAGCAGAAGUGGACGGUGUAUGGUGGAAAUAGAGUAAUGCUUGUAACAUAGGCAUCAAGUAUCUGUUGUUGCCCAAAAUGUCUUCAGGAACAGGUACAGAAAAAGCUCUCAGCCUUUUAAGGCGACUACCUCGAGUUUCAUUGUCAAAUCUGAAAUCAAAUCCAGGUGCCCACAAGAAGGCAACAAGAGGUCGUGGUAUCUAUGGGGGCAAGACUCAUGGUGCUGGCCAUAAAGGCUCAGGUCAGCGGCAGAACUUCAUGCGAGUGGGUUAUGAAACGGGCAGCAAUCCAUUUUACCUUCGUUUUCCAGUGCAGUGUUACUACAAAGGCCAUCACAUGAAACUUUCUUACAAGACUCUCUGUAUGGGAAAUCUGCAAAAAAUGAUUGAUACUAGCCGUCUGAGAACAGAUAUUCCUAUUGAUGUAACGCAGAUAGCUAACACCAAGCUGUUUGAAAUUAAGGCUGUGGAAAAGGAAGGUGGUAUUAUGCUAGAAAAUGAUGGUAUUGACCAUUUUAAAGCAAGAAUAAACAUAGAAGUUCAGUGGGCUUCAGAAGCUGUGAUUGCAGCAGUAGAAAGAAAUGGUGGAUUCAUCACAACAGCAUAUUAUGACUUUAUAGCUCUGGAUGCAGCUAGAACCCUGCCAACCAACUUUUUCAAAAAAGGUGUACCAAUCCCACGACGCAUGAUCCCACCCCAACAUCUUAUUGGCUACUACACUGAUCCAAAGAAUAGAGGUUAUUUAGCAGAUCCAGGGUUAAUAGCCAAGGAAAGGUUUAUUCUAGCACAGAAGUACGGUUACAAGCUGCCAGAUGUAAAUGAUUCCCCUGACAAAGAUAUGUUGCUUGAACGGAAGGACCCUCGUCAGGUUUUCUUCGGCUUGGAACUGGAUGGAUUGUUAAUCUGCGUUGACAAAGUUAUCCUGAAACCGACAGAUCCUGAACUUAAAGAAUAUUAUGCCUCAUAAGUGUAAAUAGUCGUG